GAAGCUUCGCUAGCGAAGUUCCCCCACUCCGCUGAAAAUGCGUAAGCAGCGAAGAAACGCUCAUAGUUGGAUUAAUGGAACUAUCAGCGAAGCAACGCUGGCAACGCCAAAUCGAAAAAUGUGCUGUGAUGUUUCGUGAUGCUGUUGUGUUGUAGUGCAAUUGUGUUGUAAUUAUGUACGAAAAUAUAUGACAAUGGAUCAAUACCUGCAUUAUAGAGAGCGAUUGAAACGUCUAUUUAUUACAAUUUUAAUAGAACAGCAAGUUAAAAGACGACGUAUAGCCGCAGUAGCUGCUGUGAUACAUCAUGUGCAAAGUAAAAAACGAAAAUAUUUAAAAAAAAAAUUUUGGAUAGCACCCAUUUUCAAAAAUCGCAAAAAAAACAGUUUUUACUUUGCAUCAGUUCCGAAAUUAAAAUUGGAAGACCUUCGUUUUCGAAAUUAUUUUCGAAUGAGUGCAACUCAGUUCGAGGAAUUGCUACAAAUUGUCGGCACAAACUUGCAAAAGCAGAAUGUUGUUCGGGAAUCUAUCUCCUCAUCCGAACGCUUGGCACUGACAUUAAGAUAUAUGGCAUCUGGUGAUUCCAUGACAUCGAUGUCGUAUCAAUACCUCGUGGGAGUAACAACGGUUAGCAACAUUAUUCGAGAAACAUGUACAGUAAUUUGGGACAGUUUGCGCCCUUUGGUUCUACCUGGCCAACUUCAAGAAAAAGAUUGGAUAGAUAUAGCCAACGGGUUUGAGAAAUGGAAUUUCUCGCACUGCAUUGGAGCUAUUGAUGGCAAGCAUGUUGUCAUCCAAUGUCCCAAUAAGGCCGGAUCAACAUACUUUAAUUACAAGCAUUCCCACAGUAUAGUUCUCAUGGCCAUCUGUGAUGCGAAUUAUAUCAUCCGUUUUGUAGACAUCGGAAGCUAUGGACGACGCAGCGAUGGUGGCAUCUUUAAAGACAGUGCUUUAGGAAAAGCUUUUGACGGAGGCCACAUGAAUGUUCCGCAGCCAACUGCUAUUUCUGGCAAUCUUGUUUUACCGUACUGUCUUGUGGAAGAUGAGGCCUUCCCUUUAAAAGAGUAUUUACUUCGUCCGUACCCAAAUAGAGGACUGACACCGGAACAAAGCGUGUAUAAUUAUCGUUUAAGUCGAGCGAGACGAACAAUUGAAAAUACCUUCGGUAUACUCGCCAAUCAGUGGCGAAUAUAUAGGAAGCCAAUUAUUGCCAACCCUACAACUGCUGUGGGAAUAGUUCAAGCAACCGUGUGCUUGCACAACUGGCUUCGGAUAAAUGACAUUGGUGCAAGCGAAUUUCUUGAUAUAGUUGACUUUGACGACCCAUGCAAUUCAAGUAAUUUCACAGCUAGAUCUUGGCCAAACGUCAUGGAUGGCUGUGCAUUCAGAGAUAUUACAAAUUGUGGCUCUAACGCAAGUGCCCGAAAAUACAUUAACAUUCGCAAUGAAUUUUGUCAUUAUUUUAAUGAGGGAGCGGUGCCAUGGCAAUGUAAUCGUCCAAGUUAAAAAUAAACAAUAUUUCCAAUUAAAA